CUAAAUCACAGUUGCUGGUUCGACGACGACCGAGGCUCCAGAUCUGAGGCGGCCGGCGAGCGGAGAGCUGCUCGGUGGCUGAGUAAGGGAAGCAUGGACACAUAGAGAUAUUUACAUACAGUCGGACAGACUUCCUGCCAUUGUCAGGCCGAGCGUGUUGAUGUCAGAUCCACUCCUUCCUGCACGAGAGGGAGAAUGCAGCGAGAUGACAAUGGGGCAGAAAACAGGACAAAGAGGAAACGUUUAAAUUUAGGCCCCUUCUCCCACCAUCUCCUCUUUCACGACUACAGAGCUCUGUCGCUGUUUAGGUUUGGUGAAUUCCUCCAGACCCCCCCUCCCCAACUAACCCCCCUACUCUCCAGCUCCCUCUGCCCAUUGUGUCAUUUCAAUAGAAGGAUUUUCACAUUCAACGCAGAUCCCAGAGGAGUAGCAGCGACUGGGACCAGAGUUCAGUCAAUCACUUGUUUUCUCCAAUCAUUCCGUAGAAGUUAUUGAUUGUUUUGGAAACAUAUGAACUUUAUAAGAGGACACAUUCUGGUAGAGGGACCGACCUUGUCGGAUCAACGACUGAGGAUCACUGAACUUCAGAGACGACAGAAGACGUUUACUUAACAUGACGUGAAGUCAAGUACAACUGAGGUUCAAGUGUGAUCCCGGACCUCCACGGAGAUUAGAGGCGAACACCGAGCACAUGUGAUCCCGCGAAGGAGUCCCCACUUCAGCCUCACCCAUGGAUGUGAGUUAGAAACCAAGUGUUGAAGCUAACUGGAGACUUUUCCUGUGACUCCACUCCACGGACGACGACGACGGCGGCGGCGGCGAUGCCCGCUUAACCCGGGAACCAUUUGUGGAGUUCAAGUUUGACUGAAAGCGGCUGUAGAAAGGAUGACUUCCGGAGCCGACAGCUGACACGGAGGAAUGAGAGGAUGGAACUGACAGAAAACCUGGCGCUUGAGAACAAAAACCCAAACGGGUUCGCCAACCGGAUGUUUAAUGUGUCUCUGGACGUGGAGAAUGAGAGCAGCAGUGUUUAUAUCCAGGAGCUUGGGCCAGGACAGGCGGACUGGCACGGAGGGACGCAGGCCGCCUGUCCUCAGGUAUCUGUCAAGGACAGGUCAGAGGUCAACCGGAGACCCCGUGCGUCAGGGGGCAUCUGGAAGAUCUUGAACAGAAGGAGAGCUGCUUCUGAGUUUGACCGGCGGCCCCACUCCAUGAUCCUGCCCGGGGAGGCGUCCAUCCCUAAACUGACUUUUGCCGACAGAGUCCGCUCCAUCAAGAAGCUCAAAUCGCCGUCGGUGUUCAAAGGCAGAGGAGAGAGGUUAUCAACGGCGAAGUUCAGCAGCUCCUUAGUAGAUGAGGAAUCUUUCUGCCACAACAUCGGCACUCCGCAGCAGCCCAGCAAAAGCACGCUCCGACACUGUGGCAAGAGGCACUCGUACGCCGGAUACUCGGCAGAGUUCGACUGCUCCUUCGAAGAUAUCGACCUCUCGGCCACCAUCGACGAGAGUCAACCUCCGGCCGUUGGAGAGGCCGUAACUCAGAACGGUUUUAAACCCUCAGAAAGAGUUUUGUAUGUUAAAAAAAAUCACAAUUAUUCAACUAACUGUAACAAAGCUGCGGCUGGCUCUGAAGAGCCCGGCGGUAAGUGUAGCUCACACACCCACCAGGUGAGAGGGAGGAGGCGCAAGGACGUCUGGAGUUACCUGAGGAGGAUCUCUCUCUUGGGAAAGACCAGUUCUGUUUACUCAGAGAGGAGCUUCGACUCGGAGCUCUACUCUCUGGACAAAACCAUCGACUCAGACUACGGCUCUGUGGACUUCGAGACGGUCAAGGACUUUCAGCCCCCGCCCCCUAAACAUUCUGAUGCCAAGGGACACUUUGGGGGUCUGUUCAAGUUUUUCAGCAGUGUAGCAGAGACGGCGAGGAAAUGGCGAACAACGUCACGUUCCUUCUCUCCCCCAGAAGGUGAUUCGUCUCCCACGAGCUCGCUGCGGGCCCCGGAGCGCACGGCGGAUAACAUUCACAGCGUGUCUCUGACACUUCACAGUGAAGUCCUUCAACUAUCCCCGGCUGCUCCAUCGUCUUCACUAAACUCUAAAUCUUCGACCUUCAGUAGCAUUGACAGUAAGGCCACGGUGCCGUCCACUGGUGCACAGUCACCUGAGACGGUCCUCAGAUCUCUAAGGUCUCGCCCUAAUUCUAACGCAGUCAACGGCCUCCAGAGUUCAGGAGACGUAGGUAAACAUUCAGACAGGCGGACGGAUUUCACGGCCGAUGAAAAUCAUGUCGGCCGUUCAGGUCCAGACACGGACAUCGACAGAGGAGCAGAGGUCGAAGGGAAUCCAGCACAGCGUGUCUGUCUGGAGGAGAAGGUAGAUGAACACACAGGAAAUGAGACAGAUUCCAAGGAUGCUCCACCUGACUCCAACCAGAUACAGGAAGUAAGUGUCCAAUCACAGCAGAGUGAUAAAGAGAAUGCAGCCAAUAGCGUGCCAGCGACCGAUUCCACCGAGGAAAUAUUUAAGCUGUGUGAGCAGAUUGCCAGCCAGACCGGCUGCAGCGUAAGACAGCCCGGCGCAGCCGUGGCCUACUCGAGCACAGAGAGGACCUCUGUUCACCACCGGCCCCACCGCCUCCGUCCUCGCCCGGCCUCGGCCGUCCUGGACCACUGGAGGCCCGGCACAGAUCAUGACGUCUACGGCCACUACAGCGAGGUGGGCUCUCUGUGCCGACGGAGGCACGGGCCCGCUCCCAUCAUGCAACAUUCUCUGGGGCAGAGAUGGACGGCUGCUCGCUCCAGGCCCUGCUCUGUCAUAGAGACCAGUGUUACUAGGGAGACGCAGUCCAUGGAGAUACACGGCAGAGCCUUGUCUCGCCCGCCGGGGGUGUCGCCGCUAGAGCCCCCGCUCAGGACGUCCCUGCAGCGGUGCAGCUCCCUGCCGCUGCCACCCAGCACUCUCACCGCCUUGGCGCUGCUCCUGCCAAAGUCAGAGAUGGGUCAGUCAUCGUCGUCGGUGCGUCUGAGGUCAGGGGGCGUUGGGAGCUGCAGAAGAAGACGGCUGCUGAGACCUGGGUCAGAACCGCUGCAGGUCAACAUUUUGAUAAGUGGGGGUUCAAUCGUCAAUGCCGAGGCAGUAUGGGACCACGUGACCAUGGCGGACCGGGAGUUGGCGUUUAAGGCCGGUGAUGUCAUCAAGGUGCUGGACGCCUCCAAUAAGGACUGGUGGUGGGGCCAGAUUGACGAGGAGGAAGGAUGGUUCCCGGCCAGCUUUGUACGGGUGGAACCCCACCCUCCUCAGCCCCAAACAAAACAGGUUUUCUAUAUCAACCCCAUAGCAACUCCACGGUUCCAAAACACCACGUCAAAGCUGUGGGUGAAUCAGGAGGAUGGGGGAGCAGAACCAGCUGAAGGAACCAGUGAGGUGCAGAACGGUCACUUGGACCCAACCAAUGACUGCCUGUGUCUGGGCUCGCCCCUCCAGAACCGGGACCAGAUGAGAGCCAACGUCAUCAAUGAGAUCAUGAGCACGGAGAGACACUACAUCAAACACCUCAAGGACAUCUGCGAGGGCUACCUGCGCCAGUGCAAGAAGCGCGUGGACAUGUUCAAUGACGAUCAGCUCAAGGUCAUCUUUGGGAACAUCGAGGACAUUUACCGCUUCCAGAUGGGCUUCGUCAGAGACCUGGAGAAGCAGUACAACACGGAGGAGCCGCACCUCUCUGAAAUAGGGCCGUGCUUUCUAGAACACCAAGACGGCUUCUGGAUCUACUCUGAAUACUGCAACAACCACUUGGACGCCUGCAUGGAGCUCAGUAAACUGAUGAGGGACGGCAGGUAUCAGCACUUCUUCGAGGCCUGUCGCCUCCUCCAACAGAUGAUUGACAUUGCCAUUGACGGCUUCUUGCUCACCCCGGUCCAGAAAAUCUGCAAGUACCCGCUUCAGUUGGCCGAGCUUCUCAAGUACACGGCGCAGGAACACAGUGACUAUCGAUACGUGGCGGCCGCCCUGGCGGUGAUGAGGAACGUCACCCAGCAGAUCAACGAGAGGAAGAGAAGGCUAGAGAACAUCGACAAGAUCGCCCAGUGGCAGGCGUCUGUUCUGGACUGGGAGGGAGACGACAUCUUGGACCGCAGCUCGGAGCUCAUCUACACCGGAGAGUUGUCGUGGAUAUAUCAGCCGUACGGUCGCAGCCAGCAGCGAGUCUUCUUCCUCUUCGAUCACCAACUGGUCCUCUGCAAGAAGGAUCUGAUACGACGCGACAUCCUGUACUACAAAGGCCGCAUCGACAUGGACCGAUACGAUGUACGGGACGCCAUAGACGGACGCGAUGACGACUUCAACGUCAGCGUGAAGAACGCUUUCAAACUGUGCAACAAAGACAGCGAGGAGAUUCACAUCUUCCUGGCCAAGAAGCCCGAGGAGAAGAUCCGCUGGCUCAGGGCCUUCCACGAGGAGAGAAAGAUGGUGCAGGAGGACGAGAAAAUCGGUUUCGAAAUCUCCGAGUACCAGAAGCGACAAGCGGCCAUGACAGUGAGAAAGGUGACCAAACAGAAAGGUGUAAACCGGUGUAUGCCCCCCUCGUAUCCACCCCCCCAGGACCCUCUCAGUGCGGGGCAGUAUGAGGUAACAGAGGACAUGGCACAAGGAGAAGUUUUUGAAUUCAGUCACCCCAAAAGAGGCCAGGCUCCGUUCUGGCAGAAUUUUAGUAAAUUAGCUCCAUUUAAGAAGUAGAGCCGCACAGACUCUACUGAAGGACCAGAUAUUUUUCUUAGAAGCACUAAACACUGGACGAUGAUGAUGAUGAUGAUGAUGAUGAUGAUGAUGAUGAUGAUUAUCUCCCAUGAUGAAGAAAACUAUCCACGCGCACUCACACACACACUUUCACAAAGAGACUCCAAAGUUAAGGACCACCGUUGAAGAAGGACUGAAGACUUGGAUUUAAAGAGAGAAAAGAAAAAAAAAAAACACUUCCUGUUUGUUAGAAACACUCUGAGUUUUCAUGCUUCUUCAGCCCAGUCCACCGUCACCAACAUCGUCCCAGCGUCCCUGGACUUCAGUUCACAUCCUUUCACCGUGUGACUCCGCUUUUUUUUUUUUUUUUCACUACGUCCGGACUGAGACACUGAGGCGGCGCUCCGUCCGUCGUGUCCCGGCGGUUCGACGGCGUCCCGCGGCCGAGGCCUGACCGCGCCGCUCCGUGUGAGACCGAAGGACGACGGGCUCCAGCCGUCUGUCCCCGUGGCAGGUGAAGGACCUCAGCUUUAGAACCAUCCUGCCGAGCAUCACUGACUGGUCAGGUCGUCUGUGAUGUCAUUUGUCUGGAGCUCCGCCUCCUCUCACGUUCCAACACUCUGGACUCUGACUCUCUCUCUCUCUCUCUCUGGAUGUUCCAGCAGGUACACAGUGACGCUCACGACGUCACCCUCUCCCCC